AUGUACAAAUUCCUAAAUCCAAAGGCAACUCUACCUGGUCGGAAUCAAAUGAAAUCUUUGACAUUAAAAACAUUUGCAGCAGCGCAGCAAACAAUUAAGUCAUUUUUGAAAACAUAUAAUUCAAAAAUCUCGUUCACAAUCGAUGGAUGGUCUUCUUUUAAUAUGAAGGGGUACUAUGGUAUUACCGCCCAUUUUAUCGAUAAAAAUUGGAAACUUCAUUGUAUCCUUCUAGAUUUUGUGCCAGCACAUGGGCAACAUACUGGUAAUGCAAUUGCAAAGCUAUUUUUCGAAGUAUUACAAUUCUACGAUGUUACAAAAUGCAUACAAGGUAUUACUACCGACAAUACAAAUAGUAAUUUUACGUUCAUCAGAGAACUUCAAACGCAUAUUUCUGAAAUCGAUACAAAAAAUAUCCACUUUGUAUGUUUUGCACACAUCUUAAACUUGGCAGCUAGAGAUUUUAUGAAAAUCCUUGAUUCUGAGGUUGAAGAAACCGCCAACAUUUUGACAGAUAUAUCAGAUGAUGAUGAUGAUGACUGCCAAGUUCCGCCCUCUUCUGUAAGAAAAAUCCAUUCCCUUGCUAAAAAAUUAAAAAACUGAACAUUUACGUGAAGAUUUUGAAAAAUUUUGCACCACUUUAAACCUGAAAUUUACUAUGCCAAAACUUGAUGUCAUAACAAGGUGGAACUCCACGUUAGACAUGUUGAGAUGGAGUCUAAAUAUGAGAAACGCACUUAACAUCCUUUGUGAUAAUGUAGAAAAUUUAAAAACUUUAAAGCCAACCGACACAGAAUGGUCGUUAAUUGAACGAAUUUGCC